CCUCCUUUUGAUCUUUCCAGCACUUGUCCAGCUCCCACUAUCCUCUAUCAUGGCUCUUUGGAUGCAGUGUCUGCCCCUGGUACUUGUGCUCCUUUUCUCUACACCCAACACCGAAGCUCUAGCUAACCAACACCUGUGUGGGUCUCACCUGGUAGAAGCCCUGUAUCUAGUAUGUGGGGAUCGAGGCUUCUUCUACUACCCCAAGAUCAAACGGGACAUCGAACAAGCAAUGGUCAAUGGACCCCAGGACAACGAGUUGGAUGGAAUGCAGCUCCAGCCUCAGGAGUACCAGAAAAUGAAGAGGGGAAUUGUGGAGCAAUGCUGCCACAGCACAUGUUCUCUCUUCCAGCUGGAGAGCUACUGCAACUAGGGGACCAGGCAAAUGCUCUCUUACCAAGGCACCUUCAAGGCAAAUCCAUUAUGCCAAAACAACAGGACAACGAGCAUUGUCUAACGGCACCAAGAACUUCUAACAAUGUAUAUUUAUUCCAUAUAAAUUAGACAUCGGUAUCCCAACUAAUCUGUUCUUAGUAGAAGGAGUUAUAUAGAGUAAUUCUAUGUGACAGGACAAGAAAUAUCUGUUAUUUUUGCAUUUUAAUUUGCUCAGAAACCACCACUUUAAUGCUACUUUAACAUGGCUGUCAUCAGCAAAGUACUGUGCAAGUCGGAAAGACCUUGUUUUAGGAGAGACCGGGCAGGUUACAUUGAUAAAGUUCAAAAAAGAAAGUAUCUGGAAGAAAAAGAGCCACCCAAAAUGUUAUUCCGAUCUUGCUUUUAAGUGCCUUGACCUACUGUAUUUACUGUCUCUCUGUCUCACUGCAAAUAAAUGUAAGCUGAAGAGCUA